AUGCAACCGCCACCUGGAUUGCGCCGACAGGGGGAGAACAGAGUGUGUCGGCUUCAUAAGUCCCUCUACGGUUUAAAACAGGCCUCCAGAAAUUGGUUCUCUACAUUAUCCAAUGUUCUACAAGAAGGCGGCUAUACACAGUCUAAAGCUGACUAUUCCUUAUUCACCAAAGUUAAUGCAUCAUCUAUUACUGUUAUUCUCAUAUAUGUUGAUGACAUAUUAUUGACAGGGAAUGAUGAACAGGAAAUUAAUCGCCUCAAAUCAUAUUUACUUCAGCACUUUCAUAUCAAGGAUUUGGGCGACCUCAAAUAUUUUUUGGGGAUUGAGUUUUCCCGUUCCAAUCAAGGCAUUUUUAUGUCACAGAGAAAAUAUGCCUUGGAUGUGCUACACGACGCAGGACUCACAGGUGCUAAACCGGAGAAGUUUCCGAUGGAACAAAAUUGCAAAUUGGAUCUUGAUGACAAUGAAAAAUUACACGAUGCUACCAAAUAUAGAAGGUUAGUUGGCAGAUUAAUUUAUCUAACUGUGACUAGACCGGACAUUGUUUAUUCAGUUCGUGUGUUGAGCCAAUUUAUGCAUGAGCCAUGUAAAUCUCAUUGGAAUGCGGCAAUUCGUGUCCUCAAAUAUGUGAAAGGAAAUCCUGGUCAGGGAUUAUUUUUGCCAUCUAAUAAUAAUUUGCAAUUAAAAGCAUUUUGUGACUCUGAUUGGGGAGGUUGCCGAACAACUCGAAGAUCGGUAUCAGGAUAUUGUAUUUUCCUUGGUCCUUCUCUCAUAUCUUGGAAAUCAAAAAAACAGACAAAUGUUUCUAGAUCAUCUGCUGAGGCAGAAUACCGAGCAAUGGCGAAUACUUGUUUGGAGCUAACUUGGUUAAGGUAUAUCCUUCAUGAUUUAAGAGUAUCACAAGUAGGUCCUUCGCCACUUUACUGUGAUAAUCAAGCAGCACUUCACAUUGCUGCAAAUCCAGUGUUUCAUGAGAGGACAAAGCAUAUUGAGAUAGACUGCCACAUUGUUCGAGAAAAAAUGAUGUCAGGAAUUAUUCGUCCGGCGUAUGUUUCAACUAAGAUGCAAUUGGCAGAUAUUUUUACUAAGCCCUUAGGCAAAGAAACCUUUGAAUUUUUACGCAGCAAGUUGGGAGUGUUAGAUCUCCACUUACCAACUUGA